GCGCCGCCGCAGCGCACCGCGAGCCCCAUGAAGGGAACUGCGGGGCGAUGGGGCAGGUCCUGGGGUUCGCCCACUGCAAAGAAUCUCCUUCUACUGUCUCCACCACACCAGACUCCACAGAUGGCGGUAAUGAUGAGUCGGAUUUCCCGGAGCUGCAGACGGCGCGAGAGUUCUCCGAGGACGAGGAGGAGGAGACGUCCCAGGACUGGGGGACCCCGAGGGAGCUGACCUUCUCCUACAUCACCUUCGCGGGUGGCCCUGACGCCAUCCCUCCCAGCGAGCCCGGCCCCCGGGGGCGGCGGGACUCCCUGGCCCGCCGUGUGAGGGGCCCUCUGCCCCGCCCUGAGACCUGCGAGACCUUGGUGCCCAUGCUGGAUGACAGCCUGGAGAACAUCCCCAGCCUGUGCCAGUCGCCCGAGGGCGAGCAGGGGUUGCCGGCCGGGCAGUGCCAGGGGCUGGAACCCUUCUCGGCCUGGGAUGCCCCGCUGAGCUACGCAGAUGAGCCCAGCUCCCUGGGGUGGGAGGAACCACAAAUCAUGCCAGGCGCGGGCUGGCAUGGCGUCCCCCCUUUUGGGGCAGCAGAGCAGCCGGGAGCCCUCACCGCACAUUCAGAGGAUGCUCCGGAAAUGCCGCCAGGGGACUGCCCGCGACCCAAGGCCCUAAUGCCGUGUCCUGCAGGGGGCACCCCUGGGCUCACUUACGCCGAGGGCAGCCAGCACCCACCGCAGACCUCAACCGCCCCCAGCCCAAGGGAGGAGGAGCUGGAGCCACAGGUGGAGGGGGAGCAGGCAGAUACGGAACCAAUCACAGAACAGCAGCUGGAUGGGCUGGACCAAUCCGGGAACACUCUGGGAGUAUACAUCAUAGUGGCGGACCUGGUGUACUGGCGGGACACCCGCACCUCGGCGCUCGUCUUCACCGGCGUCAUGGUGACUCUGCUGAGCCUGCUGCACUUCAGCAUCGUCAGCGUGGGCUCCUACGGCGCCCUGGCCGUGCUGGGCAUCACCAUCACCCUGCGGCUGGGCCGCAAGGGGCUGCAGGCCCUGCGCCGCUCCGACGGCGCCAACCCCUUCCAGGCUCAGCUGGACGCAGACUUGCCGCUGUCCCAGGAGCAGCUGGAGCGCCUUGCCACGCGGCUCAGCCAGGACGUCCUGGCGGCCGCCCACACCCUGCGCCGCCUCUUCCUGGUGGAGGAUCUGGUGGACUCGAUCAAGUUCGCCUUCCUGUUCUACAUCCUCACCUACGUGGGUGCCGUGUUCAACGGGCUGACGCUGCUCAUCCUGGGUGUGAUAAGUGCAUUUACUUUCCCCCUGCUCUACCGACAGCACCAGGCACAGAUUGACCAGUACGUGGGGUUGGUGAGGAACCAGCUAAGUAACCUCAGAGCCAAGAUUCAGGCCAAGCUCCCAAGUGCCAAAACGAAGCCAGAAUGAGCGACUGCCCCUGCCCCCCC